AAGAAAUAUUCAAAAUUUUUGUCAGAUUAUGAUUGAUUUUUUUGAUAAUUUAUAUACAAUUUAAUUUUUUUUAACUAUGGCAGAUGAAGAAGGUGAACAACCAGCUGAAGAUGCACCCCCUACAGAAGAUGCACCACCUACAGAAGAUGCACCACCCACUGAUGAUGCACCACCUAUUGAAGAUGAACCACCAGUUGAAGGUGAACUACCAGUUGAAGGUGAACAAUCAGGUGAAGGAGGUGAGAAAGUUGAAGAUGAUGAAAAUGCAGAAUUAAUCGAAGGAAUUGAAGGAGAUUCAAACACUGCAAUGGCGAAUUGUAUUUGUGAUCAACCAGAUUUGUGGGAUGAUGAUGACGAUGAAGAAGAAGAAGAUGCACCUAAAAAAGUUAUUGAGAAUAUAACAAUGACUCGUUAUUUAUUAAAAAAACAACAAGUUGAUGAUGCAAGUGGUGAACUCACAAGACUUUUAAUCUCGAUUCAAACGGCUGUUAAAUCAGUUAGUCACGCUGUAAGAAAAUCAGGAAUUAGCGAUUUAUUUGGUGCGUAUGGAACAAAAAAUGUCCAAGGAGAAACUGUCAGUAAACUUGAUAAACUAGCAAAUGACACGCUUAUUGAUAUAAUUAAAUCGUCUUUUGCUGUUUGUAUGAUUGUCUCUGAAGAAAAUGAUGAAAUUAUUGAAGUUGAACCAGAACGAAGUGGAAAUUACAUAAUUUGUAUAGAUCCAUUAGAUGGUUCAGCAGGUGUCGAUAGUUUAACCACAGUUGGUUCAAUUUUUGGAGUUUAUCGCAAACAAGACGAUGACCCACCGUCAGAAAAACACGUUCUUCAACCUGGCAAUACUUUAGUAGCGGCUGCUUAUGCACUUUACGCAAGCGGAACCAUGAUAGUUUUAAGCACCGGAAACGGAGUCGAUGCUUUUAUGCUCGAUCCAUCCGUAGGCGAAUUCCUUUUAAUCGAUCAAAACAUGAAAAUUCCCGAUCGCGGUAAAGUUUAUUCAAUAAACGAAGCUUACGAAUUAAAAUGGGAGGACGCAAUAAAAGAAUACAUUCAAACCAAAAAAGAUCCAUCGAAAGGAAACCCUUACGGCGCCCGAUAUGUUGGUUCUAUGGUUGCUGAUGUUCAUCGAACGUUGAAAAACGGAGGGAUUUUUAUGUAUCCAGCUACUACUGAUUAUCCUAAUGGAAAAUUAAGAUUACUUUAUGAGUGUAUUCCGAUGUCUUUUAUCGUUACUCAAGCAGGUGGAUUAGCCAGUAAUGGAGAAAUGGAUAUUUUAGAUAUUGUUCCUAGUGAGAAACAUCAAAGAGUGCCGAUUUUUUUGGGUUCGAAAGGGGAUGUUGCUGAAUUUUUGGAGGUUGUAAGAAAAUAUAAAGGUCCUGAUGAUAAUGUUGAAAAUCCUGAGAAUGCUGAAAAUCCUGAGAAUGCUGAAAAUGCAGAUAAUCCAGAAAAUGCAGAUAAUCCAGAAAAUGCAGAUAAUCCAGAAAAUCCUGAAAAUGCUGAUAAUCCAGAAAAUCCCGAAACCGUUGAUAAUCCAGAAAAUGCUGAAGAAUAAAUAUUUUAAAUCAA